UUUCAUUGUGAUUCAGUGUCAUAUUUUCCUUGUCAAUUCAAGAUUUGAUCAAAAUUCGGCUCAGUAUUCUGUGGCGUGUGUAGAGUAAAACUACGUGAGAACAGUCGAAAUGGUCGUCACAAUCAAAGACAAGUCUGACCUUGACAGCAAACUUACCGAUGCUGGAGCCCAACUGGUCGUCAUCGACUUCUUCGCUACUUGGUGCGGACCCUGCAAAAUGAUUUCCCCCAAGCUGGAGGAGCUCUCCAAGGAAUACACCAACAUCCUCAUUCUCAAGGUUGACGUAGACGAGUGCGAGGACAUCGCCAUGGAGUACAACAUCUCCUCCAUGCCCACUUUUGUGUUUAUCAAGAACAAGGCGGUGGUCACCACAUUCAGCGGCGCCAAUUACGACAAACUCAAGCAGACCAUUGAAUCUUACAAGUAAACACAGAGUCUUACUCAUUUUUAUAUAAUUCAAUAUGACUUUAAUCGUAAAAUUUUAUAGUAGCUCUGUUGAUUUGCAUAGAUUUUUUAUUUUGUACUUGUACAUGAUGUUGUUGUGCAUUUUCGGAAAUUUUAAACAGGUAGUGCCUCAAGUUUUCCACAGAAUUUAAUCUGAUAAAUAUAUUUAAUUGUAUUCCACAAA